GUUUCAGUAGUCCAAGAUGGCGGAGGUGAGCGGGCUGAGGAGCAGAAAUCACUUCGAGCCCAACUGCAAAACGCGGGUCGCUGACGAAGACUUAAGUGGGAUGGAAGAUGUCCCCAUUUUUCGGCAUAAGCAGAGGCCUCCUUUAGCCAGGCCUGAAGUGCUGGAGGAUGAUUUGCUUCCCAGGACCACAGCCUCAAACUCACGCAAAUACGCCAGCCACACCCCCUCACCAGACGAGGAGAUUCUGGAAGAAGAGGCUGCGGCAGAGGAAGAAAAGGCCAGACCCAUCCAGAUCGUCCUGGCCAACGAGGAUGAGCACAGCUUCGAGCUGGACGCUGCAGCGCUGGAGAAGAUCCUGCUGCAGGAUCACGUGAAGGACCUGAAUGUGGUGGUCGUGUCUGUGGCCGGGGCUUUCCGCAAGGGCAAGUCCUUCCUGCUGGACUUCAUGCUACGCUACAUGCACUGUCAGAGUGAGUCGUGGAUGGGAGGCGAUGACGAGCCCCUGACAGGGUUCACCUGGAGAGGAGGCUGCGAGAGGGAGACCACAGGAAUUCAGAUCUGGAGUGAAGUCUUUGUGGUCGACAAGCCUGAUGGCAGCAAGGUUGCUGUGCUCCUCGUUGACACUCAGGGAGCAUUUGACAGCCAGUCCACCAUAAAGGACUGUGCCACUGUGUUCGCCCUCAGCACGAUGACCAGCUCUGUACAGGUGUACAAUCUCUCCCAGAACAUACAGGAGGACGACCUGCAGCAUCUGCAGCUCUUCACAGAAUAUGGCCGGCUGGCAAUGGAGGAGAUCUACCUGAAGCCUUUCCAGUCCCUGAUGUUCCUGAUUCGAGACUGGAGUUAUCCUUAUGAACACAACUAUGGACUGGAAGGAGGCAACAACUUCCUGGAGAAAAGACUACAGGUUAAACAGAACCAACAUGAAGAGUUGCAGAACGUGAGGAAGCACAUCCACUCCUGCUUCUCCAGCAUCGGCUGCUUCCUGCUGCCACAUCCUGGCCUCAAGGUGGCCACCAACCCGUACUUUGACGGCAGGCUGAGGGACAUCGAUGGGGAUUUUAAGAGAGAGCUGGCCAAGCUGGUGCCCCUCCUCCUGGCCCCAGAACGACUGGUAGAGAAGGAGAUCGGAGGCAACAAAGUCACCUGCAGAGAUCUGCUAGAGUACUUCAAGGCUUACAUAAAGAUCUACCAAGGUGAGGAGCUGCCUCACCCAAAGUCCAUGCUGCAGGCGACUGCAGAAGCCAACAACCUGACUGCUGUGGCAGGAGCCAAAGACAUGUACAGCAAGAACAUGGAGCUGGUCUGCGGUGGGGACAAGCCGUACAUCGCCCCGGCUGACCUGGAGCGCUGCCACGAGGAGUUCCGCGAGCACUCUGUGCGAUUCUUCCGCUCCGUGAAGAAAAUGGGCGGCGAGGAGUUCUGCCAGCGCUACCAGAACCAGCUGGAGUCGGAGCUGGACGAGGCCUACGGCAACUUCUCCAAGCACAACGACGGCAAAAACAUCUUCUACGCGGCACGCACACCCGCCACGCUUUUUGCGGUCAUGUUUGUCACCUACGUGGUGUCUGGGGUGACGGGCUUCAUCGGUCUCAGCACCUUAGCAGUGCUGGCUAACCUGGUCAUGGGUGUAGCACUGCUGUCGCUGUGCGCCUGGGCGUAUGUGAAGUAUUCUGGAGAGUUUCGGGAGGUGGGAACGAUGAUAGAUCUGGUGGCCGAGACACUCUGGGAACAGGUUUUGAAGCCAUUAAGUGAACAGUAUAUGGAAGACAACGUCAGACAGACGGUGGUUAACUCUAUCAAAGCCAGCUUGACAGAACAGGGCUCGCAGCACACCAAGUUAAAGACUCACUGACGCUCUUCCUCCUCCUCCUCCUCCCAUCAUGUUCAUCACCCUCCCGCCCACUCGCUCAACGUGUUCAAUCCUAGAACUGUGGAACUAGUUCAACACCAAAGCUAAACCUCCCCCCGCCCCCUCCCAUACGGCCAUCGUCACAUCGCUGCCCUGUCUUUAUUUGCUGUUAUGGACCUGUAGGCUCGCUGUCUGCCCUGCUCUUCAUCGCCCCCCAGUGCCUCAGAGCAGAAACUGCACGUUCAUGAGAGGACUGAGCAGAGAAGCCGGCGGCGGCGCCUCUCGCCAAAACAGGACAUGAAGGACUUCUCCAGUGUGCCAUGCUGUGAUAGAUGAAUCUUGUGUUGUAAUGCGUACUGUAGGCUGACACACACUCUCUCACACACACACACACACACACACACACAUAAACUGACAUGCUGGUAGCGGACUGCACUCGCUUCAGGAUUGAGCUGUAAUUCAGGGAAAACUGACACCGCUGUGGGCAGCUGUUAUCAACAAUGGAUGCAAACUAAAACCCUUCUCUGUGCAUUUAAUGGUUUUGUGUUACAGGCCGGACAGUUAAGAGCUCAGUUUAUUAACGUGUCCUACAAGCACAAGCAAACUAACAGACAAACUAACGAUGAGGUGAUGUUUAUUUUUUAACAAUUUCAGUAAAAUCAGGAAACGGAUUUUAGUAAUUCAGCUGAAUUGACAGUAAGUUGUAAACCCUAUCAUGGACAAGCUGGAUCGAGAGGCUAUCCGCUAGAUUGAUCUGUCUCCUACAAAUCUGACCUGAAAACAGACGAGUGCAGGAAAUCAAGCUAAACUGUACGUAGUCGUUCACCUGCCUCCCUCUUUUCAUUCAUGUCUUCACACUAAGUUUGGAGGUGUGUUAACCAGGUAACAUGGUCAAAGCCUGGCCUCAGGUUGCUUCUAGGCAAGUUCCCUUAGUACGUGUCUCCGUGUUUCCCUUUAAUAUUUUGUGACUGUAAUCCUUAAGAGACCUGUAGGAAGCCUCGAGCCCUUCAGCUGAGGUUUGAUCUGUUUUUAAUGUAGAGCUGACGGGUUUUAUCUGACCUUUAGUGUCUUGUAGUGGACCUGCCAGUGUUUGGCCAUGUGCGUGGCGUUAAGAGCUGUGUUGUAGCAUUAAGCUAGCUAAGAGCUUUUAGAGCUCAGGUAGCCAGAGAGGACUGUCAUGGUGAACCAUUUGCUCUUCCACCGCCUUUCAUUAAAGCUGCACUAGCCCUGUUUCCCCCCACAUCUUUAGGAGCUACAGGCUAAGUUAGAUUCUUGCUUCUGUCAGAGUCAGAGAUAUCAAUCCUUUUUAGCUAAAACUCAGACAGUUUGACAUUUUGGAAUUAUGCUUGUUUGCUUGAUAUUUGAGUAAGAAGAGUACAAAAAUGAAGCUACUGCCAACAGCUUAGCCAGUUAGCUUAGCUUAGCCUAGACUGCAGGAGGAUGAAGCAGAUUUGCCCUGCACCUCUAAAGCUCAGUAACUAGCAGGGUGUGUGUGUAUAUAUAUAAAUAUCUUGUUUGUUAGAUUCAUACACAAACUGAACAGUUUUUUGUGUGAAUUAAACAGACAUAUUGAUUAGAGGUGCAGAUUUUUUACCUUUUCAACAGAGCCAGGCUAGCUGUUUCCCUCGUUUUCAUGCUUUAUGCUAAGAUAAGCUAACUCGGCCGUUGGCUGUAGUGUCAUAUUUAACUGACAGACAUGAGUGGUAUCAAUGUUCUCAGCUGACUGUGGCAAGUAAGUGAGCAUAUCUCCCAAAAUGUUGAUUUUUUUUUUCUUUUAACUGACAAGAACUGAUUCUCCCCUCACCCUUUCUGCCCCCUUCUCUCAAGGCAGAUUAGUCUAAUCACUGGAUUCUCAUCCCUCUCUUCAGCAAAAGAUUAUACAAUCAGUCAAGCAAUUCACAUGUGAUCGCUCCAUAAUAGGACCCUGACUUAAUGUUAUUACAUGAACUGAACCUGCCCCGUUAUAUUUUGUUCAACAGCUGCAUCACAUCUGUCUCAGCUCUUUUGCAUCGAUUCCAUCCACAUUAUCUCUCACCUCAAGCGCCAGUCUCGUACUGUACAGUCUCUCUCUUUCUGUGUUCAGAAAAAGUUUGUUUCUGAGUACAAAUUGGGCAUGUAUGUUGAAUUAAAUAUUUAAAUAAACUUUGUAUACAUUUUAUAGUGAAUCAGUUGACAGUGGCUGUUUUUUCUUCUCUUGAUCAACUUAACAGUCUGUGGUUUGUUUAAGAAUGAUAAGUUGCUGCUGUAGGGUUUACACUAGUUUUCUCCUCAUGAGGACGGCCGUUAAUGAGUUAAACGUGGUACAAACACUAGGAGAAUUUUUUCGAUUGUGUCGAGUGGGUUGGAGACAAUGUCUGUCUGCCUUUUAAAGAUAUCUCUGGUAAUUUAUUUUUGAAUAAAAUGUUUACCUUAAGAAUAAAUCAUCAA